AGGUUAACUUGUCAACUGUCAGUUACUUGUCAAAACUUUUAUGACGAAAAUAAAUUUUUUGCUAUGCGGUUAACAAAUACAUUAAAAGAAAUGUGUUAAAUGAAUAAUUUCCUCACUUAACAUUGUAGUGGGGAGUAUCCCUACGUUUUAGGAGUUUUUUUAUUGAAUUUCCGUAAAUAUCAAGGAUAAAAUGUCUGAUAACACGGAACAACUCUCCACUAUAGGAGAUAACACAGAAAUCGUUUUGAGCAGUCAAGAUUCUGAUGUAGAUUCUACACACAGCAUUUGUUCAGGAUCAGACACACACAGUGGACACACAUCUUUGUCCAAUGCUGAACGGGUAUCGUUAGUAGGUCCGUUGCUUAGUCCCACUUUGCAGGUUAAUUCCAUUGUAGAUGCUAGUAAUAAUGCUUUGUUAGCAACUUCAGUGUCACCAGAACCUGAUAUUAAAAAUGGGACAGUUUCUGUUUCGUUAAAUAGUACUAAUAAAGGAAGUUUAUUACCUUGGGGUGCCCACAAAGAACGAUCUCCUCAUCCUAGUGCUGGACCACUUAUAGACAUGGAUAUUCGACCGGGUGAAUUUGUAAUGCGAAGCUUAUUUGCUGACUUUACCAUUCAAGCUGAGAAAAAAAUUGAAGCUGUUAUGGGAGAACCACAAGAAAAGUUGUUGUCUAAACUUCUACAAAGAGGUGAAGAUACAAAUUUUGAUCAACUAUUAAGUGCUUUUGGUUCUGUUGCUGAGCACUGUCUCCCUUCAUUAUUAAAAGCUUUGUUUUCUUGGUAUGAAAGACAAAUGUCUUAUGAAGUUGCUAGUUCUGAACAGAAGAAAGCUGAUCCAAAAGGAAAAAGUAUUAUAAAUAUUGUUUCUGGAAGUACAUCAGAAACAAUAGAGAGAAGUGAGGCUGAUAUUCAACAAGAAAGACGAGAUUUAGCUGUUGAAUUUAUAUUUUGUUUAGUUCUUAUUGAAGUGUUAAAGCAAUUAUCUUUUCAUCCCGGACAUGAAAAUUUAGUGCAGUACAUAGAAAAUUUGGCGUUUAAACAUUUUAAAUAUAGAGAUGGAAUACAAUCUGGACCAAACGCAGGAAACAUUCAUAUCAUAGCUGAUUUAUACGCUGAAGUUAUUGGUGCAUUAGCACAAUCACGUUUUAUGUCUGUCAGAACACGUUUUAUGCAAGAACUAAAAGAAUUAAGAGGAAAAGAUCCGAGUCCUCACACAACCCAAAGUAUAAUCAGUUUAUUAAUGGGGAUGAAAUUCUUUAGAGUAAAAAUGGUUCCUAUUGAAGAAUUUGAAGCCUCAUUUCAAUUUAUGCAAGAAUGCGCCCAAUAUUUUUUAGAAGUAAAAGAUAAAGAUAUCAAACAUGCUUUGGCAGGAUUAUUCGUUGAAAUUUUAGUACCUGUUUCAGCUACCGUUAAAAACGAAGUGAACGUGCCUUGUUUAAAGAAUUUCGUUGAAAUGUUGUAUUCACAAACUUUAGAUGCCAGCACUAAAUCUAAACAUCGAUUAGCAUUUUUUCCUUUAAUUACUUGUUUGUUGUGUGUUAGUCAAAAACAAUUUUUUUUACAAAAUUGGCAUUGUUUCCUUGCUAUGUGUUUAUCACAUUUAAAAAGCAGGGAUCCAAAAAUGUGUAGAGUUGCAGUUGAAGCUUUACAUCGUUUACUUUGGGUUUAUAUGAUUCGUAUAAAAUGUGAAAGUAAUUCGGCGACCCAAUCUCGUUUACAAAGCAUUGUUAAUUCAUUAUUUCCCAAAGGAUCGAAAGGUGUCGUCCCAAGAGACACUCCAUUAAACAUAUUCGUAAAAAUAAUUCAAUUCAUAGCUCAGGAACGUUUAGAUUUUGCAAUGAAAGAGAUUGUCUUUGAUCUUCUCUCCGUUGGUCGGCCUAUUAAAAUAAUUCUAACACCUGAAAGAAUGAAUAUAGGUUUGAGAGCUUUUUUGGUAGUCGCUGAUGGUUUACAACAAAAAGAAGGUGAACCUCCAAUGCCGAGAUCGAUGGGGAUUUUACCAAGUGGAAAUACAUUACGCGUAAGAAAAACGUUUUUAAAUAAAAUGUUAACUGAAGAUACUGCAAGGAGUAUUGGAAUGUCCGCUUAUUUUCCUCAUGUAAGACGAGUUUUUGUUGAUAUUUUAAGAGCUUUAGAUGCUCAGUAUGGACGGCCUCUAAUGAAAACGAGUACACAAAACGUUAAUAAAGAACCAGAUGAGAUGAUAACGGGUGAACGUAAACCGAGAAUUGAUUUGUUUAGAACUUGUGUUGCUGCUGUGCCGCGUUUAAUUCCUGACGGGAUGACUGGAACCGAAUUAGUUGAUUUAUUAUCAAGAUUAACUGUUCAUAUGGACGGUGAACUUCAAGGGUUAGCUUUACAAAGUUUGCAAACUUUGGUGAUGGAUUUUCCCGAUUGGAGACAAGAUGUCUUGUGGGGUUACACACAAUUCUUAAUUCGUGAUGUAUUGGAUACGUUUCCAAAUUUAGUUGACGCAGGAUUAAAAAUGUUAUAUCAAUUAUUAACCGCUUGGAAAAUGUCUUUAAAUAAUUCCGGAAAUAAUUCGAACACAAUGCGGAUUAAUAAUAAAGAUGUUGAAAACGCGAAACCAACUUUCACAAAAGAUACAGCCGCCACUUAUCGAACAGAUAAUCAAAAACCUGAACCUUUAUCUUCCGUUUUGCAUCUCGUCGAAGCUUUCGCUUUGGUCAUGUUAUGUAAUUAUCGUUUAUCAUGUAGAAGACACGCAGUUCAUAUUUUAAGAGAUGUUAAAACAUUAAUCAAAUUAUUAAAUUGUUCUGAAGAUCAAGUUGCAAUUGAUGUUAUCGAUCAAUGUAUAAAUCAGGUUAUUGAAAAAUGUAUUCCACAUUUACCAGCAACAGAAAAAUCAGCGAUUCAAGCAGUUUCUAAUAUAGAUCUUCAAUGGUUAGCGGAUCGAAAUGCUUGUAUUUGGACGGCUGGUUUACAUGAAGAUGGCUCAAGCAAAGUUGAUAGUAGAAUUGGAUCAAGUUUUGGAUUAAACUUUAUCGAUCCUUGGAGUAUGUGUUUAUUUGGAUUUUUACAAAGAGAUCGAAUUUUAACUCAUUGCCCAACUUUGGUUAAUCAUGCUUGGCCGAUUGUUUUUACUAGAAUCAAUGCAUUAUUUCCAGUUAUUGAUCCAACUCCCGUUAACGAUAAUCGCGCUUCGUUAUUACGAAGUUCAACAACAAUUAAAAAGCCAGUUAACGAACGCGAUAUUUACAUUCAUCUUUGGAAAAAUUACGUUACUUUUGCAUUCCAUGUUGUUCCUCCUGUUCCAAGUCCAAUAGUAAGAUGUGCAAGUCCCGAUUUAAGUUUAAGUUCUAUUGACGGUACCCUCGGGGGUGGUGAUCGUACCUUUAGCGUGAGCCUAGAUAAUUUAGCGCAGACGCAGGGUUGCAUUUCAACAGGCCGGAUAACGUUGCCUUUGUCUGCGAUGCGAAAACAUAAAAGAACCAGCUCAUCUCCGGAUAGUUUAAGUGCGGAACGAAAUGACACAAAAACUCCUGGCGGUAACGUUUCACCUGGGGCUCUUUACAAAUUAAUUGUCCCCCUUUUACGAUGCGAAGUUAGCGAUGUCAGGGACACAGCAGUUUUAGCUAUUGGGAAUGUGAACAGCGACGCUCUCAAGGAUGUCAUGGAGGAGUUGGUGGUUUACAUUAGGGAAGCAGUUGACAGAAAGCAAGAGAAUGUUAGGCGAAGGAGACGUCGUGAUGCGUUACGUCUUCAAUUGGUUAAAGUUCUGGAAUUGGUUGCGGAACAAGGAACGUUUGGUGUUAGUCCUUUUGUUUUGGAUAGAGAUACCGGUUCCUUACAUUUAACUUUUUUGGAGUAUAUGGAUGGGGCGAGGCUUUAUCUCGAGAGUGAGCCGGAUAAACAUACUAGCGCUGUUAAAGAGAUUACGUUACAUUUUUGUAGUUUUAUUACGAAAAUGAUUAAAAGUUUUUCAUUGGAAACUUGCCAAACUUUACUUAAAAGAGACUUAAGAAAAAAUCUUUUUAUGUUAUUUUCAACGUGGUCAGGGAAAUAUGGUUUACCUUUUCGACAAACACCUAAUUUAGAGGGUGACCAAUCUCAUAAAAAAUGUACCGAGCUUCAAUUUGCCGCGUUGCAAGCGAUGAGCGCAUUAUUAUGUUGUGGACCUUGUAUAGAUCCUGAUGGAUUAGCUGAUGAUGGAUUAUUUUAUCAAUGGUUAGAUAUUUUGCUUAAUAGUAGCGAGGAACGAGUGUACAAUCUUGCCAGAGAAACUGUCGUCCUUCUCCUUGAAUUUAACCCGGAUAUAGGUCCUUUGUUAGAUUGGGCUGUUGAUCGUUGUUAUACCGGAAAUCCUGCGGUUGCGGACGGAUGUUUCCUUGCGUUGGCGACCAUCUUCAGCGCAAAAGAAUAUCCUUGCGAUCAUUACACCGCAAUCAUUAAUGUUGCUUUAAUGAACACUGGCUGUCCAAGACCCGUUGUAAGGGACACGGCGCUUCAACUUUUGCAACUCCUGGACAAACGGUUCUUUGGUGCCGUCGGACCUCUAGCUGAGGGAGACUUGGCUGAAGGAGAUAAAGGAAGAAGCACUUUAGAUACUUUAUUGGCAACAACAUAUUGUAGAUCGCAAUUUUAUUUAUCAGGACAAUUAGCUCAACUACAUCCGGAAUUAACGAUGCCAAUGUUCUCAGAAAUAACCCACCGUUUUCAAACUGCCAGGCCGGAAGUUCGACAACUUCUCCUUCAAUAUUUACUACCUUGGUUACAUAACAUGGAAUUGGUCGAUCCGAAUGUUCCACCGACAAAUUUAAUGUUUUAUUACCAGAUCACGAAUGAAAGUGGAAGACCUGGUGGACGAAGAGAAGGUUGGGGUUCUGCUGAAGCAACCGAAAUGGUUUUAAAUAAUAUUUUUUAUAUCACAGCUAAGUUUGGUGAUAAUCAUCCUAAAGAACUGGAGGAAAUUUGGACCACAUUAUGUACAACUUGGCCCAAUAACAUGAAAGUAAUCAUUCGCUAUUUAAUAAUUAUAUCUGGGAUGGCACCGAAUGAGCUUUUACCUUAUGCAAAGCGAGUUAUUUUAUAUUUAGCCAGAGUACAAACGGCUCGAUUAUUAGAUGAGAUGAUGGUUGAAUUACAAACAGUAGAAACUUUAAAUUGUUUGAUAGAACGAACGGAAACUCCACCUUUUUAUAGAUUAACUGUAAUGAGAAAAGCUUCAAGUCAUUCUGAUGGUACAGGAGGAGUUGCUGGCCAAUCUGAUAAUAAUAGCAGAAAUGAUUUAGUGGUAGAGAAAGGAACUAUUCACACAAAAAGACAUAGCGGUGAAGAUCCUUUAAAAUCUGGAACACCCAAACCCGAUAAAAGCUUACCCGAUUUUAGUGCAAGUAAAAGUCGAAAUGUCACAGCUGGAAAUAUAUCAGAAGAUCUUUGCACACCAACAACGGAUGAUGCAUCAGAAGACAUUUUUUCUUUAUCACGACCAACAGCAACCACUGAAAAAAUUGAUAUUUCAAUUCCUCAACCUCACCCAUUACCAAUGCCUGAAUAUGGUGGUUAUUUUGCGCCUUUAACUGAAUAUCUACCUGAUAGUUCCCAACCGAUUUCAGGAUUCCACAGAUGUAAUGUCGCGGUGAUGUUACUUUGUGAUGUCGUCGUUGAUGGGGUUGAAUUAGACUGGACAGUACACGUUCCUUUAAUGCUACACAUUCUAUUCCUUGGGAUGGAUCACACAAGAUUCUUAGUUCAUCAACAUUGCAAGCAAUUAUUACUAAAUUUAUUGAUAGUUCAAGCACAACAUAACGAUCAUCUUAUGGUAGCUCACGUUUUACUUAACAGCAAAACGAAUGAGCUUAAAUUAGGAUUGCCCGUUCCACAAUUACCUGUGAUAAAUCAUGUUUUUACAGAUGCUGAUGCAACUUUUGAUAGUUACCUUCAAGGACCUAUUUCAUUAACAAAUCUUUUAGAAACAACUAACACCGCAGCCACGAUUUCUUUAGGAUCAUCAUCAUCAUCAACCUCAACCACAACUUCAACGAUAAUCGAAGAUAAAGCUGUUCCGCCUCCUGUUAUUGUUACUCCGGAAGAUAGCGCAACAUGGCAAGGGCCGGAAAUUGGCCCAAAUAUGCCUAUACAAGAAGUAAUAAAAUCAAUGAUUGAUUUUUUGGCAGCAAGACAAAAUUUACCACUUUGGAAUUACGAGGAUAUCACCGCAAAAGUUUGGCAAAUUCGAAGCGCUGAACAAAUCGACAUUUUCCUUCAACACGUUUUAAGAGUUUUUCAAGAUUCUUUACCAAACGCUCAUAUUAAUGAGCGUUGGGCACAAACGGCUCUUCAACUCGGAUUGAGUUGUUCAUCGAGACACUACGCCGGGAGAUCAUUACAAAUAUUUCGAUCGCUUCGCGUUCCAAUUACAUCAAGAAUGUUAAGUGAUAUUUUAAGUCGUUUAGUGGAAACGGUUGCUGAGCAAGGUGAAGAUAUGCAAGGAUAUGUCACCGAGUUGCUUCUUACUCUUGAAGCGGCUGUAGAUUCUUUAGAGUCCGAUUUUCGACCUUUAGAUUAUAUGAGAGAUUUCUUUAAAUCCACCCCUAAUUUAAAUAAUAAAGAAAACGCUCUUUGCAAACGAACGGGAGCUCAUUUAAUGUAUGGAGAUGGAGCACCCCCUUUUCCUUACUUAAACCAAGUUGGUCACGCAAGAAGUACAAGCUAUUCAGUUUCGUAUUGUUUAAGAAAAACAUCUGGAUCACCAGCAACUGAUCCAAAAGAAUUAAGAAAUCGUCUUGGGGGUGUUGAAGGAGACGGGAGACAAAAUAACAUUGGGAAAUAUUGUUCGAAUUUAUCCAGAUCUAGAUCGGCGCAAAGUUUAAAGUUAUUAGGAGAUUCCGCUACUCAAGAUGAUAAAAUGACGAUUUUAGCUCAGUUAUUUUGGUUAUCAGUUUCUUUAUUAGAAUCUGAUUAUGAACACGAAUUUCUUCUUUCUUUGAGAUUAUUAGGACGAGUUAUGCAUAGAUUACCUCUUGAUAGGCCAGACGCUAGAGAUAAAGUUGAAAAAUUACAGUCACAAUUGAGGUGGACUUCUUUUCCAGGGGUACAUGCACUUUUAUUAAAGGGUUGUACACAUCCUAAUAUUUAUGAACCAGUUGUGGCAUUACUUUCCCAAUUCACUCCAUUAUUAGAUCUCGUAGUUGUUGAUCCAACUCAAAGUAUUGCAUUUCCAAUGAAUGUUAUAGGAUUAUUACCAUAUAUGCUUUUAAAUUAUGAGGAUGCUAACGAGUUGUGUAUAAGAAGUGCUGAAAAUAUUGCACAAGUUAGUAUAGAGAAAAGUAAAAAACUAGAAAAUUUAGGAACUGUUAUGAAUCUCUAUAGUAGAAGAACAUUUUGCAAAGAAAGUUUUCAAUGGACAAAAUGCGUUGUUAAAUAUUUAUACGACACGUAUUCCUAUUUAAGCUUGCCAAUGUUAACAUUUUUGGUGGAGGUGUUGGAAAAAGGGCCGAAUAAUCUCCAACAAUCCGUUUUAAACAUUUUACACUGUAUGUUACAUUACGUCGAUUUAGCUUCGGCAGCUUCUCAACCAAUUAACGCAGAUUUACUAAGAGUAAUUGUGAAAUAUAUCGAAGGUGCUCAUUGGAAGGAAUCUCUAAAAAUAUUAAAAUUGGUUGUUACAAGAAGUAGCAGUCUUGUGGCACCUCCAACUUCUUUACAUUCCCAUUGGGAAAGUACCUUAACAACAACUACUCCUCACCCGUCGUUUUCAGAAAUUGAUGUUUUUGGGAAGAAGGAAUUACCAGGCAGGACAAUGGAUUUCACUUUUGAUAUGUCCCAAACUCCUGUUAUUGGUAGAAGAUUUUUGUCAAAAACGGAAGAAAACGUUCAAUCGAAAACUGUGGCUUCUCCAAGAAGAUCUUGUUCGUUAAGUCCAGCUGAUACAGCACCAUUUUCUGGGUGGAAAAGACCUUGGAUGUCUCAAGGUCGUGUUAGAGAAUGUUUAGUAAAUUUACUAACAACUUGUGGUCAACGUGUUGGUUUACCAAAAAGUCCUUCAGUUAUCUUUAGCCAAAGCUCGGAUAUCUUGGAACGACAAUCGAGCAUGGCUUCAAGCACCGAAGAAAUGUCGGGGGCUAAUAAUGAUCUUAGCGGCGGAUCUAGAAGAGAUGACGCAACGGCAAAAUUGGAGUUUAAGGACUUUGAUUUCUUGGAAUAUGAAAGUGAAAGUAUUGAGGGCGAAAGCACUGAUAAUUUCAAUUGGGGGGUCCGCAGAAGACCUUUAAGCGAAGGCGAAGAAGAACAACCGAGUUUACGACAGCUAGAGGACAGCAUAAGUGAACAAACUCCUGUAUUAACCGUCAGAAAGCGAACUGGUAAUGAAGAAUCUUCAGAUGAUGAAAUUGGGUCGGAAUCUCCUUUAGAUGAAAUUGCUGUCGCCCCAGAAUUUGAAACUAGCUCAGCAGGGGUUAGUGCUGUUUUUCCACCAUCUUCUUUGAGCUUAACAAGAACCAGACAUGAUUCAAGCGCACGAUCUGAUACAAGUGGAUCAAGUGCUGGUGAUUUAGGAGAUGUAACACCUUGCAAUGCUUCUCCAAAUCUUUCUGGAUUAAUGCCUUUAAGAUCAAUGACGAGAAGCGACACAUUAGAAACUUGGUCUUCAUAUGUACAAAAUAACAUGUCAAAUCCUGCGAAUCCUUUGCAAAUUUUCCACCAACUACAAAAAUUAAUAAGGAGUAUUGCAAAUUCUACGAUCUCAAUCACCCAAGAAUCUUGUUCUUAUUUAACACAACCGGAAGCGGGAAAUCUCCCAUCAGUGAAAAUAAUGAGUUCGAGAUUAAACUCGAUGAUUGAUAUUGUGUCAUUAAGAAUUCUUCCUGUUCAUUUUAUUUGGUUCAAUACAGCAACAUUGAAUAAUCAGAAAUUAAUGGAAUCUUUAACUUAUGGAAUGUUUGAGGUUCAAGAACAUUUGGGGACAUUUUGUGAUAAACGAGAUCAAACUACAAUGUAUUCUGAUUCUGUUAAAACAUCAUUAAAACUAGAACAAUUAAGUGGACAAGGAGAUCAUCAAAACGAAGAUUAUUUACUUGAUUUAGGUAAAGCGUUGUAUAAAUUACAUUUUCAAUUGCUUUUAUUAAUAGAAGCUGCAAAUAAAAUGAUCUCAACUUUAAAUACAACUUUAAAAAACACUCAGUACAAAGAUGUAACUGGUGAAAUCAUCUCAAUAAAGAGCGCUUUAGCUAGAGUUAUUGAAGAUACUGAAGCUGAUGGUGGAACUCCAACCCCAGUAUCUUCGACAGCAGCUUCUCCAGCUCCAACCACACUGGAAGAAUUAGAAAAUUCGUUAUAUGAAUUGAUUACGAAUGAAAAAUGGCAAGGUGCUUUAUCUUUGGUAAAACAUAAUCGCGGACAAUUUUGUAGUGAUAGAGAAGCAACGAUGGAAAUUGAAGAUGAUAUUGUGCUAAUUUUAAAUAGUUAUUGUAAAAAAUUGAUUACUGAAAGACCAGAUUGUUAUAUCAUAACAAAUCAAGAUAUGGAUUUGGGUGAUGUUUUUGGAAGAUUAUUCCAAUUAUCAGCAGCUGUAACCGACUUAGAAAGUGUUAUCAAAGAUCGCGAUCAAUCUGAUACUUCUUUAGCGAGUCAUUCGAAAGAUUAGCGCCAAAAUAAUUUUAAUGAAAUUUUAUUUUCGGUGUCGACGUGUUUCUGUUGUAGAUAUUAAAAUGAAUAUCUAAAAAAAAUAGUGAUGUAUCUCAUAUUCUUUUUUAGUUUUUA